CACGUGUGGAGCGAAAGUGAGGACUGCUUACCGUUUCUGCAGCUCGCACAGGAUUACAUCUCCUCCUGUGGGAAAAAGACACUCCAUGAAAUAUUGGAAAAAGUCUUCAAAUCCUUCAGACCCUUACUUGGGCUUCCAGAUGUUGAUGAUGAUGCAUUUGAAGAAUAUAACGCAGAUGUGGAAGAAGAGGAACCAGAAGCCGAUCACCAACAGAUGGGUGUCAGUCAGCAGUGA